CGCUGAAGUGUAUACAAAUAUCGGAGGCUGUCAUGCAUUUCUCAAACAGUGGGAACCACAGGGUCGACACCUCUGCACUUUGCAGCCGCAAAUGGUUGUCUGACGAUCGUCGAGAUAUUACUGCGACAUGGUGCCACAGCUGAUCUGGCUGACAAAGCAAGUACCAUGGACCUUGCACAAUUGCUGCGUCGGUGUCACAGACGAAUUAACCAGCAAGGACAAAGAUAAGCAGCAGCAAUCGUCCUUUAUUCAAUCUCCAUGGCCAAGUCUUAUGAACACCUUGGAGCCAGCUUUCAAUACCAGCAGGAGGCGAUCCGUUGACAUAGCCACUACUGGAUAUCCUUCACCGCCAUCGGCUACCCCAUCGUUGUACCGUCGCGCUUCGCUGGAUUUGAUCACGGCUACGAAUUCUACCGACAACGAUAUUGGACGCGAUUCGGAUGCGUCUACAUCAGAGACCGCCGUAUCGGACCCGCCAUCUUGCUCCACGUUUGUCAACCCCAUGAUGCCGGAGAGCAAUGACAGCAAAUCUCUACUAGAAAUUCAAGUCAGCGCCGAUUCAGCGGAAAAGUCUCGCGUCGAAAGCAGCCCCAUGGGGCGAUCUGUGUCGCAGUCUUUACGUUCUCUAGGCAGAGGUGCCACACGGAGAGCAUCAUCAGCAUCAGAACCCAAUGCGCGCCAAUCCUUCGACCUCCGAUCGUUUGCAUUCUCUCGCGGACGCAUGGCGCCUCAAGAGGAAGAAGUAGAGGAGAAUGGAUACAGCAGUACUCCCCGGCGACGUAGCAUACAAGAGUCCUUUGGAUUUAGCGGCAACGACCAGGACGAAAAGUCGUUCUUCUCCCACCCAUCUGGGAUGACUUCCUCUGCUUCAGCCUCGUCAAUUCAUGAGACGUCGUUGCAGGGGCACAACAACACUAGCAAACAUCGUGCCUCGUUCUCGGGCAGUGCUACCAUCUCGGGACGAUUUUCUCGCUUUUGGUCAUAUGGGCCUGCGAAGGAUGGUCAAGAGGGAGGUGUUCAUGGGAAGGAUGGAUUUGCAGACUCCUUGCAGUCGAUCGACGGCGGGAACGGCGACUGGAACACUGAGGCUACCGCUUUCCACCAGUCCAACAAGUACGCAGCAGGAGGCCGGCCGCGUGUAGGGGUGAUGAACCGCUUUUCUGGCAUGUGGUCGCGCCGCUAGACCACUGCUAGCCUUCGUCUACCAGGCGCACUGUUGGCUUUAUUUUAUUUUAU